UUUACUCCACCUAAUUUUUCAGGUAGCACAUUUUUUUUAGAAAAAGAAACUUGAACACAAAUACACACUUAAUUUGAAUCAGGAUUGGCUUACCAUGCAAUUAAAAAAAAAAGAAGCAACAAUAGCUUAUAAUAUAAUUCAUUGUAUGGACAAUCCAGAAACAUCAGUCAGCCAGUAGUUUCCCUAACUCUGCUCCACCUGCGCAUAAGUUCGUCCCCUUUUUCUUCUUUUUACUUAAUUCAGCCAGGGCAACUAGUCAAACAGGCUUUUGUGCUUUUGUCAGAAGUACUUGGACGAUAAAAGCGGGAGUAACACAAUUCGGUUUUAGUUGCAUUUACCAUCUUGAAUAUCAGGGCUAUUUCAUGAAGCAAAGAAAAACCAGCAAUGAAGCACGAUCGCAUGUGUGGCAGUCGAUGUCUGGGUCCGAUGACUUUCAGUGUGGACCUGACAGGCCAAUACGUGACCCUCAGCCAAAAAGGACAACUCGCGUCCAGAGACACCUCGUCCUUUAUGAACGGUUUGGCGUUUCUCAGCCGCACUGUAAAGGUGGAUGAAAAGCUGUGUAUACGUAUUGAGGAUCGCACCUCGUUGUGGGAUGGAGCUCUUCGUGUGGGUUUCACCAACAUCUGCCCACAGAGAAACACUUUACCACCUGCCUCAAUACCAGACCUCAGGGACACACGAGGAUACUGUGUUGUGCCAGUGCCUGAGGACUUGUGUAGGUGUGGUGUACAGCUUCAGUUCUGGAUAAACUAUGCAGGCAUGGUUAUUGUGCAAGAGGCAGGAGGGGAGAAAUAUUACCUCAGAGCAGAAGGACUUAACCUGAAUAACCCGCUGUGGGUUUUCAUUGAUCUGUACGGGAGCACAAGCGCCGUCCGCCUUCUGAGAUCAAAGAAGGGCAGUCGAACAUCAUGCCCGAACUCUCCUGUAGACAGCACAUCUAGCAUCAACUGGCUAGCAGGAGCGGUUGAGCGACAAACAUCAGAGAUGAACACACACACAUUAUCAUCAGUCGUGAAUGCAAAUGUUUUCACACAGUCACGUUCUCCUCCACCUGUCCCUGCACAACAGAGGCAACGGUUUCUUUCAGAUUCAAGCCGAAACUCUUCAAUGGAGGACAUGGACUUCAGCUCUUUACUCCAAGAGUUUCAGCGCAUGCAUCUCAGUGGCAGCGAGCACGUAUCAAUAUUGGUUUCUCGUAACAAGGUGCUGCAGUGUGCCAAAGAUUCUGUUUCCAACUCUAAUUUCACUUGGAACAAAAUGCCUCUCGUGACAUUUGUUGGUGAGGAAGCCCUUGACCGUGGAGGUCCACGGAGAGAGUUUUUCAGAAUCCUGAUGAUGGAGGUGCAGAGAUCGCUGGGCAUCUUUGAGGGGCAGCCUGGACACUUGUUCUUCACCUAUGACCAGAUGGCUUUGGAGGAACACAAGUAUGAGUUGGCGGGGAAGCUGAUUGUGUGGUCUGUGGCUCAUGGCGGCCCAGGACUCAAGUCUCUUGACCCCUGCCUGUACCAGCUGAUGUGCACCCAGGAAUGUCAACUGGUAGACUUUGACUGGCACCUAAUACCAGAUGCUGACAUUCAAGACAAACUACAAAAGAUUUCAUCAUGCAAAACGACGGCAGAUCUCCAGAGGCUGCAGACAGAGCAGGGUGACUGGAUCUGUGAUUGUGGUUUCCCUGGAAUAUACAGACGUGAAAUUUCCAUUCAAGAUGUGCCAAAGAUUUACUCCUUUGCAGUUCGACACUACAUAUAUCUUAGAACAUCAAAUAUGAUUCAUCAGUUCACAAAGGGAUUGAAUGCUUAUGGACAGUUCUGGGAUAUGGUAAGAACUCACUGGGUUGAGUUUUUGCCCAUCUUUACAAACAUGCAUGAGCCCCUUUCCAAAAGCACAUUUGGAGACCUGUUCCAAAUCCACUGGAGUAAAUCAGGGACCAAGAAGAGGGAGGCUGAGAAAGAGACUAUACACUGCUGGGAACUGGUACUUAAGAUGAUUGAAGAUAAAAAGCCAAAGGCUCCACAAAACGAGUUGCAUUUUGAGGAGAUUUUGGCUUUCAUAACUGGAGUGGAUGAAGUCCCACCACUUGGGUUCUCCCCGAAGCCCAGCAUUCGCUUCUACCAACCAGAGCAGCGUGGAUACCGUCUACCGUUUGCCAACACAUGCAUGAUGGGAUUGUUCCUGCCCAGGGUUGUAAAAGAUGAAGUGGAACUUUACAGGAUGCUCCUGAGAGCAAUCAGAGACUCGGCUGUAUUUGGGAGAAUAUAAACAUAUAUAAUUCAUUAUUAUUAUGUACACGAUCACAUCCAUAAUAAUUACAUAUAUUUAUAAGCUUUAUUUCAUUAUUUAUUUCAUUACCUAAGAAGAAAGCACUUAUUUCU